AUGGUGUCUUUCUUCGGCCUCAAGUUCGGAGCCGACAAGAAGAAGAAAGAGGUCGAAGUCGUACAGCCUCCGCCUCCGCCGCCACAAUGGAAGAACGAUCGGACAGAAGUGCUCCUUCAAUGUUCUGGACUGCUGAGCACAAAUCCGAGCAGGCCUGGCACCGCACAUAGCUCACGUAGCAGCGCGCGAAGACCCUUCGCCGCGGGCGGAGAUCGCAAUUCCUCGGCGAGCAGUGCAUGGGACGUCAAUACUGACUUCAGAGGUGUGGGAGCUGGCCGUGUAGGGAGCAUUGCCAGUAUCAGCGCAGGCUCCGGACCAUUCAUACCCGGCCACGGCCGGAGCCUAAAGUCAUUUGGCUCUGAGGCAAAUCUGCAGUUGAGCCUGGGCGCGAGGAAUGGGUCGUCGACAAGUCUUGCUGCGCCGAGGUUACCGUUUGGAGGGCAAGGCGGCGGCGCGGGGCCGAGGCCGGGGAGCGCACACUCGAUGCGUAACAGCCGUGAGAAGCCGUGGUUGAGCCCGCUGGACGUCCAUCCUAUUAAGGAGUCAACUCCUGGUAUUGCCGGCCCACCGAGGAGCCCUCUAGGUCAACUGGAGCUCAUGUCACCUGUCCUUAGUGACAGCUCGUCGCUCCUAGGCGAGGACCCCGAGAAAUUUGCCCAGGACAUCAGCGACAGGGUCACGCAGGAAGAGAAGCUGGCAAGGAUGAAGAACGAGGUUGAGGAGAGGAGAAGGGUUCAGGCCGAGUUAGAAGCAACAGCAAGGAGGAAUUCGGAAGCCUCCAGGCCGAAGACAGCGGGAGGAUAUCCGUCACCACCUGCCUCCGUCUCAAGCGACUACAUCGUACCGUCCGUGCUGGUACCUGGACAGAAAUCGGGCCCUUUCGCAGCACCAGCUGCAAGGGAGGUGAGACCCGCAAGUAGUGGUCGGGAUAACUUGAACAGUCGCCUCACACCCGGAUCCGGACCGCGUACCCAGGAUUUGCCCAUACGCGAUGCGAGGUCGGUCAGUAGGGGCCGGCAACUCAGUGUUGAAGGACCGCAGCCCUCCUCGAGAUCGCCUCUUGGAAGCAACAAUUCAGCCGUCGAUGACAGAUCAGCAAGCAGGGGCCGAAGUCAGACCGCCGACAACAAUCCGUCAGCGUCUUCGGCCUUGAGACCGCGUGAGCCGGUGCGCGGCGCCACCGUUCCCGCCGUAAGACCCCAGCGGUCGCCACUCUUCCAGCAGUCGAGUCCCUUCGACUUGCACAAGCCGGAUGGCCCGCAUGAGAAGGAGGAGGAUGUGGAUGAGCCCAAGGUCGAUUACCGUGCCGCAAACGCACCUUAUGGAAUACCAUCACCGCCACUAUCAAACCGCCAACGCACAAGUGAGGAAGCCGAGAGUCGCCCCGUGAUCAGGAGCGUGAUGGCCAAGCGUGAUACCCUGGUCGUCGGUGGCCCUCCACGACAGAGCCUGGGCCUGCAAAUUGCCGAGUUCGAGAAGACUCUGCAGCAGGCACAGGCCAUGACAGCACUGGAGAAGGGCCCGACUUUCACUACUGGUUCCCGCAGUCGUGGUGACAGCGACGGCGGCAGCAGCAACUACAGCGAUAUUUCGGAGUCGCCCAUGACCAUCGAACCGCCCCUCGUCUCGCCCAAGCCAUUCCCCCUCACACCGAGACCUAUAACUCCCGGUUCGAGGUCAAACUCGAAUUCCAGGGAUAUUCCCCAGGCGAACCUGCCGAAGCUGGAGGCAGGAUGGGACCAUUCAGCUGGAAGUGUUGGCUCGAUCACGCCGACGUCUUGGAAGCCAGCUCAGCCGGCACGAGAAGAGAUCAAGGACUCACCAGCGGGAAGACCGCGGCCAAGAGGGCCCACACCAGUCAGAAGACCUACAGCAGAGGAAUACGGAAAUGUGAAGGUCAAUACGGUUGCUUCGAUGGCGAGCCGCAUCCACCGACCAAACCCGAACGAGUACGGGAUCCAAAUCAAGCGGACAGAAAGUCCGUUCCGGACGGAGAGCCCGAUUCUCAAAGAAGUCCGAAGGGGUUCCGGCACUGAUACGCCAUCAGACGGACUGAGCAGCAACAACACAUCGCGCUCAAACAGCCCCCUUCCCAAUCACAGCCACAGCGUCUUCUCGCCGCCGCCCGCGGCGAAACGCCCAUUUCCACCACCGCCCGCCCAACCAGAGUGGGACCACGGCCCGGCCCCAACAGCACCCCCGACGACUCCUCUGCCUAUCCCUGAGAAGAGUGCCCGUCGCAAGAAGACUCAGGACACCCCAGGUCAACAGAAACCAACGCCGACGCAGAGCCCUGCGCCGAUGCCAAUGUCAAAAUCGCCGGGACUCGCCUCGUCGGCCAGCAUCAUUCCCGAUCUCAACAGCAACCCCAACUGGCCUCUCCCAGCACCAGACGCGUCCUGCUCGACAUCCGUGACCGCCGAGGGCGGCUUCGGCGCGCGUCGGUCACUGCUGCGCGACAAGCGGUCCGCGCCGGCGCCGCUGAACAUCGCCGCCACCAGGUUCGCGGAGGACACGGGUGGGCCCUGGACGCCUGACGAUGCGGUCUCGACCAAGCGGCCCAAGACGGCGGGCGGCAACAAGGAGGGGCCCCGGCAGGGCUCGCUCAUCCGGGUCGACACCGAGUUCGAGUGGAAGGAGGAGCGGUACUCGACCGCAGUCGGCGGUUUCAACAUCGGCGAGCAGCAACAGAACCAGCCAGCUUACCAGGUCUCGUCGCAGGGUGCGGCGGCGGCGGCGGGCGAGGGCAGCGACAAGAACGGCGCCAUCGGAAUGGCGAGGGGCCUGUCGCUCAAGUAUGACCAGGAGCGGGAGCAGCAGAAGCGCGGCAGGGCCAAGGAGCGGAUGAAGCUCAUGCGGGCGUGGACCAUUGACGAGACGGCCACGUCGCCCACGUCGCCCACGUCGCCCACGUCGCCCACCGCGGCGCCCACGCCGGGGGAGCCGUUUGAUAGGACCAUGAGGCCGAAUAAUGGCCUGAGGAGUCCGACGGGGAUCGCGGACGAGACCGGAACUAGGCUGUUUGGCUUGCUUCCCUUUCGUGACGAUGAAGCGACGCAAGUGAAGAAACGUCGUGACGUGGAUUUCUUCACGCACUCGAACAUGGAUUUUGUCAAUCCGCCCAUUCUGCAUAUGCACCGUUACUGUAUCAGUAUUAUACAAGACUAUGCAAUGCUCGCCAUCUCGCCUGUUAUGUAUUUAUCCAAUGGAAAAAUAUUUAGUACUUACCUUCUUCACAAUGAUCUCCCUUAUGAUAUGCUGGAUGCUCUGAGAUUCGUCCUCGGGACAACUUCGUUUAUGGCCACCCAUGGCAAUAUGCAGUAUACUCAUCAAAGUCUCUAG